CUGCAUAGGGGUGCGUGAACUGGAACUGGGGCUUUUCCCGUUAAAAUCUUCACUUGCGUCGCAGCACAGCAAACAUGCCUGAACAAAGCAAUGAUUACAGGGUGGUUGUGUUCGGAGCAGCAGGGGUUGGCAAAAGCUCCUUGGUCCUUCGUUUUGUAAGGGGGACGUUCAGGGAAACCUACAUCCCCACCGUCGAAGACACGUACCGGCAGGUCAUCAGCUGUGAUAAGAGCAUCUGCACCCUCCAGAUCACAGACACCACGGGAAGCCAUCAGUUCCCUGCUAUGCAGAGGCUCUCUAUAUCCAAAGGGCAUGCUUUCAUCUUGGUGUACUCUGUCACCAGCCGGCAGUCCAUGGAAGAUCUUCAGCCCAUCUUUGAGCAGAUUUGUCAGAUUAAAGGGGACAUCCAAAAAAUCCCCAUAAUGUUGGUGGGUAACAAAAGUGAUGAGACCCAAAGGGAGCUGGAUGCCAGCGAGGGGCAAGCGUUAGCCAGCAAGUGGAAGUGCUCCUUUAUGGAGACAUCAGCCAAAAUGAACUACAAUGUGCAGGAGCUCUUCCAGGAGCUCUUGAACCUGGAGAAGAGGAGAACUGUCAGUCUCCAGGUGGAUGGGAAGAAAUCCAAGCAGCAGAAGAAGAAAGACAAACUGCAAGGCAAGUGCUCUGUUAUGUGAUGGACUUUGGCUGGACUCGCACCGCUGCGCGGUGUAAUCGGAGCGUGGACUCCCACAGAAAAAACAUUUCUGCUGGAGGUUUCAGAUGAAUUCCUGCCUUAUAGGGCUAUCGCUUCUCUCUCAAAUCUCUGCUGGAUUAUUUUAUGUGUUUGGUUUUAAAGGGGAUGGCUUUCUGCAUGUUUAUUUUUUUAACGAUAAUAAACGUUCAGUGUUAGCAAU